GGCACUGGCACAUGGAGUUUGGCGCACAGGAAAUGUAAAAAACGAUUUUAUGUCUUGCGCAUCACCAGUGUUUCUAAACCAAUGUGGGUGUGGUUGGGCAGCAUGCCGCCCCCUAAAAUCCUGCUGCCCUAGGCCUGGCCUUGUUGGCCUUUCCACAAAUCCAGGCCUGAGCAUACCUGACAGAUACACUGCAAGCUAAAGCAAAUCCUUAAACUGCCCAUGGAAGUAAAUUUGCCCUUCUUGCCAGUACACAGAAGACACACCGCUUUUAUUUUUCUAAACACUGCUUAAAUAUCUUGUCUUUAGUACCUCUACCCAAAUACAAGUUGCUAUGGUUACACUGCAUGGAGUAGUGCAAUCAAAUAUUGUGUUGCUUCACACUAUGAAAUUAAAUACAUAGGUUUUACACCGUGUUAAUAUCUAAAAGCUUUCCUUUGCAGCAAUCCUAUUUUUAUGCCGCAAUAUGGCAUGGUUGGCACUGACAUUGAGAGCUUCAAUGGGCUUCUGCUGUGCUUUGUUCGUGUUUUACGCACUUUUGGAACGUAAACCAUAUCUGUUACGAAUUGUCUCAUGGAAGAAUAGUGAACACCUGCCAGGGAAUGGUAUCUCCCAUUUUCAUUUUCCAGAAGGCAGUAGUGUGAGUGAGGAACUCUUCAAAAAGGUCAGAGUGCUUUGUUGGAUCAUGACUGCACCAUCAAACCUAAAGACUAAAACUAUUCAUGUGAAGAAUUCAUGGGCCCGUCACUGCAAUGUAGCGCUAUUCAUGAGCUCCACCACCGAUAAAGACUUUCCCACAAUUGGUCUGAAAACUGGGGAAGGCAGAGACAAACUUUACUUGAAAACAAUACGUGCCUUCAAUUAUGUCCACCAGCAUUACUUAAAUGAGAUGGACUGGUUCCUCAAGGCAGAUGACGAUACAUUUGUAAUAGUGGAAAAUUUACGAUGGAUGCUUUCGAAUUAUACCCCUGACCAGCCUAUUUACUUUGGGAGGCGCUUCAAAUCCUAUUUCAAGCAGGGCUACAUGAGUGGAGGAGCUGGUUAUGUUCUUAGCAGGGAAGCCCUUAUACGCUUUGUUGAGGGUUUCCGUUUUGGUAUCUGCACGCACACAAACCCAACAGAAGAUGUGGCAAUGGGUAACUGCAUGCAGCUAAUGAGGGUGAUAGCUGGGGACUCCAGAGACACUGAGAAAAGAGAGACCUUCCACCCAUUCCCUCCAGAAAAUCAGCUUACUGUGAAAUAUAGUGAGAAUAAGGAAUACUGGUACUGGACCUACUGUUUCUACCCCGUUGUGGAGGGCCCCCGGUGCUGCUCAGAUCUGGCUAUAUCCUUUCAUUACAUUAUUCCUGAAGACAUGUACACUUUGGAAUAUUUUGCGUACCAUCUCCGACCAUAUGGAUACCAGUAUCGUUACCAGCCGCCGUUACCAAAGAAUGCAGACAGCUUUCCUGUUAACAUUCAAAAUGAAACUGUGAAACCUAAUAGAACCAUAUCUGAUUCUGACAACAAACCUUAAACUUUUGAGACUUCAUAGGAAUUAUCUAGUAGAAUUAUAUCAUAAGCAACUGUACUUUUUGAGUUUUCUUGAAAAUGUUUCCCCACUCAUCCAAGCAGCAUUUUCAGUGGGAAGGGAAUUCCGUAGCAUUUAAACCCAACCACAAUGGCUCCAUUGAACUUAUUCGGCUGGUGUUACCUAUAUCAUAUAAUAGAUUCCAGUGCAUUUAGAGGCAUAUUUAUAAUGGUGAGUAAAUAGGGUUGCUACCUGUCCAUUUUGCAACAUGGAAUCUGUACUUUAUUGCCCCACCCAUAAACAUCCUCACCCCACCCAUUUUUCCCCAUUAACAUCAUCCUCGUAUUUUACAACUGGGGGUACAUUAUUUUUAAAUAAGUCAUGUGACACAAAUUAAAGGCCAGGAACAACCUGGAUAAGAAUGUUACUUGAAAAAGUAGCACAAUUAAGGCUUUGAUUGUUUUUUUGUUUUUUAUUUUUGCAAUAGAAGACUCUUUUUUCAAGCAAAUAUGUAUUGUCAUAGGUCAGUGCUCCAGUAGAAUUUUUGAAUAAAAAAAUACUUUAUAUAAACACAU